GAAAAAAUGCAUGAAGCUGUGGUACUAGUACUAUUUUAUUAAUAGCUAGUAGCCACUGUACUUAGAAAUGAGAAGUGGUGAGUGGUUGAGGCAGCUCCAAUUCUUGUUCACAAACCCAGCACGCGCCUCAACACUUGCCACAUUAAAAGCACCUACAUUGCUCCAGGUGAUAGCUGCUCUUCCCCACAUAUUAGCUGAAGCGAAUCUUGUGUGUCAACGCAAGUUUAAACGCGAUAGACUCGUUGAGAAUUCAUUGAUAUCUUCUUUGGUGUAACUACAGUAGCUUGCUGGUCAUAGAUAGACGCGACGAUGGCAUCCCUGCGAAGAGUGGCCGAACUCAACAAUAGCGGAGCUUCGAUGCUCGUGGCGGCGCGAGAUAAGGAUGCAUUCAAGACACUUCAGACCGCCUUGACGAUCAUGGAACAAGAGAUGAUGACGGCUCCCGACAAGAGCGAGUCUUCAGACUCAACAGCGAGCACCACCAGUACAAGACGAUCUAGUAGCUCCACCGACUCGUCACUCGACGAUGCGGAUGGCGCGGCGGCUUCGGUAUCUGAAGCAGCGGCCAGUGCCAGCCUGUCAAGCAACACCGCAGCUCGGUUCUGUAUUGACACCAAGUGCUCCACAGCAAUCCCAGAGCUGAGGGAUGACCGGUAUUUCAUCUUUAACCAAGCCCUCCUUGUGGAAACGCGAGACAACACCGCAGAGCAACCCCCGCCUUCAGCUGAGUCUCAACAGCAUGAAAUCGCGACAACGGAUGACUCCUCGCCCUACCCCCAGUCGCUGGUCUGCUUCUAUACAAGUGUGGUCAUCUAUAACUUGGCUUUGGCCUACCACAAGCGGGGCAUGUCAGCUGCCUCGGCCUCGAAUUCAUCAUCUUCAGGAUCGUCUCUAACGGGAAACACCGGGUUGAGCAACGCAGACUACUCCCGGAUGGCUCUCUCCCAGUCACAACGACUCUACGAACAUUCUCUAAAGAUCAUCAGGAGUAUUGCCAACUACUCGGAAGAUUGCAAGAUGCUACUCUACGCAGUUUCCUGCAACCUAGCUCACCUCUAUUGCCGAAAGGGGGAUCGAUGUAGAGCACAAGAGCUCUUGAAUGGUUUGGAAGAAGCCAACCGACUGAGCUAUCAGAACAUACUUAACUGAUGCGAAUGGCUGGCAAUGGUGGAGCUACUGCGGUUCGUUUUGGAUUGGCACCAAGUCACUUCGCCAUCCAGCCAGCCAACCUGCCCAUCGGAGGUCAUGCAUUAUUUGUUUUGAUUACCCCAACCAGUCAUGAGUCGAUGUAUCUCGCCCUCCAUGGUCUUCUACGCUACGCCUACAAACAAUUUCUAGGAGAGACCAGGCAUGUCAUGUGGUCUGCUCGCAGACAACUUAAUAAAACUUCUGCUACCGGCAGGUGGAAAGGAGACAUCCAUGUAACAUCUAGCUAGAAAACCUUGCUUUUGAC